UCGACUUGAGUUUGUCAGGAAACGUUUGUCUUGUAACUGGAGGCUCACGUGGUAUUGGAAAGGGUAUUCUCAUCAUGUUAUUAAAGGCAGGAGCUACUGUUUAUGUUACAGACUCUGGCAAACAAUAGCCAAGGAAUGUUCCGGAAAGAAUUUUAACUGCAUUUGUGUAGCCAAUAUCAGACUGGGAUGGCAUGAAUGCUGUUGGAUUAAGAACGAUCGUACGAUGGCGGACAUGGCUGAAGAACUGAGGAAGCUUAAUGUGGCUACUUGUUCAUUACGGCCUGGUUGUGUUUCAACUGAGUCCAUGAAACAAAUAAUGCAAUCCGAAGCUAAAAGUAUUUUCAGCAAAAUGAUAAGCAGUGGCUUAUUUAAGGGAGAAUAUCUAAAAACACCGGAGUUUAGUGGAAAAGCUGUUGCUGCUCUUGGAAACGAUCCUCAUAUCAUGAAAAAAUCUGGAAAGGUGUUAGUAAUAGCAGAACUUGCAAGAGAAUAUGGUUUUACAGAUGUUGGAGGUGUUUUAAAGCUAAAGAAAUAUUAUAGAUCCAGCGAUGUUUAAUACUACUCUCUGAAAGCACCACUCUUCUGAAAAGUACCAUUCUCUUGAAAAGUGUACCACUCUCUGAAAGUACCACUCUCUUGAAAAGUACCACUCUCUUGAAAAGUACCACUCUCUUGAAAAGUACCACUCACUCUCUUGAAAAGUACCACUCUCUUGAAAAGUACCACUCUCUGAAAGUACCACUCUCUUGAAAAGUGGAAUAACGAGGUGAAGUGAAAAGGACUAUAGUUUUAUAUACAGUAUAUACUUGCUUAAAUAAAGCACCUUUUAAAAAACUUGCUGUACAUUGUGGUGAAACAAAGGUAACCUUAUGUUUUUCUUUUAUGAUA